AUGGAGGCCUACAAGAUUGCAUUAACAACUUGGGCUAAAUGGGUUGAUUCCAACAUUGAUUUUUCAAAGACCAAAGUCUUUUUCCAAGGAGUUGCUGCAGUUCAUCUUGAUGGCAAGGAAUGGAAGGACCCAAAAGCAAAAGGGUGCCUAGGGGAAACCCAACCAGUUCUAGGGCCAACUUAUCCAGGCCCAAGCCAUCCAGGAGAAGCUAUUGCAAAAAGUGUCUUGAGCACCAUAGAAAAGCCUGUGUACUUAUUGGACAUUACUUUGCUCACCCAGCUGAGAAAAGAUGGCCACCCCUCCAUUUAUGCCGGCCAAGGUCCCAAAUUUGUAGACUGUAGCCAUUGGUGCCUUCCUGGUGCUCCUGAUGCUUGGAAUGAACUUCUAUAUGCAGCUUUGCUCUAG